AGAGAAGAAGAAAGAAUGUUGCUCCACUCUCUCUCUCCUCUUCACUCCUCCAAUGUCUACUCUCCCUCUCUCUUCCCCUUCCCUCCCUCUCCCUCUCUUUCCUCUUCUUCUUCUUCCUCUCUCUCCCUCGAAACGUCUUCGAACCGUAUCUGCUCUCUGCGUCUCUACAGCAAUGCCCAUUUGAGGAUCACCUACAAAUCCAACGGACUGAAGCUCAACUGUUCUCUGAAAGAGCCUCUGAAGGUGAUGAUAUCCGGUGCACCGGCGUCCGGCAAAGGCACUCAAUGUGAAUUGAUUGUCAACAAGUUUGGAUUGGUACACAUAUCAACGGGGGACCUUCUCAGAGCUGAAGUGUCAUCCGGGACGGAAAUUGGAAACAAGGCCAAAGAGUUCAUGAAUGCCGGUCGUCUGGUCCCCGAUGAAGUCGUGACAGCGAUGGUGACAGCACGGUUAUCACGCGAUGAUACAAAGGAAAAAGGGUGGCUUCUUGAUGGAUAUCCGCGGAGUUUUGAACAAGCGCAAAGUCUGCAAAAAUUGAAGAUUAUACCAGAUGUGUACAUUGUGUUAGAUGUUCCUGAUGAAACUCUAAUCGACAGAUGUGUUGGAAGAAGGCUAGACCCAGUUACAGGGAAGAUCUACCAUAUAAAAAGUUUCCCUCCGGAGACUGAGGAGAUUAAAGCAAGACUUAUUACUCGUCCUGAUGACACCGAGGAAAAAGUGAAGUCGCGUCUUGAAAUAUACAAGAAAAAUGCAGAUUCAAUCUCAGCCACAUACUCGAAUAUCAUGAAAAAGAUCGAUGGAAACCAUUCGAAGGAUGUUGUUUUCGAAGUAAUAGGCUCUAUACUAUCGCAAGUGCAGAAAGAUAAAGAAAUGAAGAUCAAAUUAGGAAAAAGUUGGAGUGGCUCAAAUCCGUCUUCAGUUGAGGAUAACUGGAGGGGAAUUCCUACUAAAUUGAAUAACGUUCCACAUUCUCGAGAAAUCAGGAAAUAUUUCUAUGAGGAUGUGCUGCAGGCCACCAAAAGAGCAAUAAACGAUGGAAGAACUCGACUAAAGGUAGAGAUCAAUAUUCCGGAGCUGAACCCAGAAAUGGAUGUUUAUCGAAUAGGAACCUUAACGGAACUUGUUCGAACUAUUGCUCUUUCAUUUGCAGAUGAUGGGAAACAUGUCAAGGUUUGUGUUCAAGGCUCGAUGGGGGAAGGUGCUCUUGCUGGAAUGCCAUUACAGCUUGCUGGUACUCGAAAAAUAUUGGAGUUCAUGGACUGGGGUGAAUACGAAGCUAUGGGGACGUUCAUCAACAUUGGUUCUAUAGGUGGCAAAGAGGUAGAAGAGCAAGAUGACCUGUUUAUCUUAGUAGCUCCUCAGAAUGCUGUUGGGAAUUGUAUUAUUGAUGAUCUAAGAGCCAUGACUGAUGCUGCAGGGAACCGACCAGUAAUUCUUAUCAAUCCUAGGCUCAAGGAUUUACCCGCUUCGAGUGGAAUCAUGCAAACCAUGGGACGCGACAAGAGAUUGGAGUAUGCUUCAUCAUUCGAAAAUUGCUAUUUCUUUCGGCUUCUCUAUUAUGCAGGAACCCAGUAUCCAAUUAUGGGUGCUCUCCGGUUUUCUUACCCGUAUCGCUACGAACUGUACAAGAGGGUGGAAGAUCCUUACGGGAAAGAGAAGUACGUAAUAUUGUCUACAUUCCCCGAAAAGCCAAGUAUUGAUGAAGUGAACGAUGCAUUUGAAGGAAAGCCUAGAAAUGAAAGCAAGAAAGCCGUAGGAUUUUGGGGAUUCUUGAGUGGUAUAUUUUGAGGUGGAAUCUUUAGGAAGGUGAUCGGGGACUGAAGAAAAAACAUGUAAAAUAUGUCUCAUCAGCAAGUUCUCACAUAAGAGCCGCGAACUAAGCAUACUGGGGUAAAGAGUGAAUGUUGUUAACCAAUUGAGUUACGUUUGAGUCACUUGUAACAUGUUUUUUUUUUUGUAUUUGUGCUUGAUGCAUUCAUUGCGUGUAUAUAUAUGUAUAUGUAUAUGCAUGAUAUAUUCAUACGACCAUUAGCCACAAAACUAGUUAUUUAUAAUUUUAUACCGAACUUAUCAUUAAUGAGAAUCGAACUUAAAGGA